AUGAUUAAUAAUUUCAUCAGCGAUUUACGACGAUUCUUACCAAACGAAUUCAAUUCAUUUAUUAAUAUGUUAAACACUAAUUUGAGCUAUUAUUUUCCAGUUGACAUAAAGCUAAGACAAGAUUUUCAAGUUUGGUUAAUAUUAAAAACGGCUAUAUUGAAUAAAAAAUACGGUGCAAAAGACGCAGUUGUUAAACUCUAUCGAGAUUGUAUCGAAUCUAUUAAGCUAUUGAAAGAAACAUCAUCGUCUAUAAAGAUCGCUGCAAUACAGUAUAGCAUUCAAUCAAUUACUUUGUCAGAAACAACAAUACCAGAUGAUAUAUCUUCGAUAGAUUCAUUAUUGUUUGAAACACUAAUGUAUAAACAAACCGAACUUAAUAAAAAAAUAUUGGUACUUAAUGAAUCAUUACAAUGUAACGAAGAACAACCUAAAUAUAUUGGACAAUAUUUAUUUGAUAUUGGUGACUAUGAUGGAGCUAUCUCGUAUUGGAAUUCUAUUUUAGAAGAACAAAAUAAAUUAAUAUCAAAAAUUAUGUUUAAUAUGAUGCUUUCGUCAACUAGAACGGUUCAAGAAAUUUAUGAUGAAAUGAAACGAGCACAUAAUGAAUUCAUUCAAGAAUUAAAUUUGAUUGCGCCAGCUUAUAUGAGAUGUGCUUUGUUGUGUUUGAAACAAAUCGAUGUUCUAUUUUCAAGGGAAUAUUAUAAUUUUAGGGAUAUUCAGGCUUGCAAGAGUAAUUUUUCAUGGACACUUAUGUGGGCAAAAGCAAUAUCAAUUUUUAUUCAUGGUUAUGAUAAUGACAUAAGCAAUCAAUGUGAAACAUUAGAAAUGGAAAUAAAAAAGAGAUGGGAAAUGUUUGAAUCUAGUGAUAGAUAUAAAGCAAAUGUGACAUGCUGCUAA